AUGAAUCUAGGGCAGAGAGUUAUAGUGUACCAAGGAGGUGUCAAGAAAGGUGGUGGAUGCCUUGCGGGUGCCACUGCUAGUAUCUACAACAAGUAUGGCUGCUACGAUUCCGUUUCAACUGUUUCAAACCAAGGGAAGCAACUUGCCAACUCUAAAUACAAACACAUUCAGAGCACUAUAUAUGGGGACAAAAUCAAGGCUCAGUGGACGACCUGGGCAAAGUUUGUGAUAAGACCUCAUCCUCCGACAACAGCCAAGCCUGUAAAAUGCUGGCGGCAGUGGAUCCUCGCUUCAGUUGGCGGCAGUGGGGUCUCUGUUACUUUUGGAGGCAGUGGAUCUCCUGGUUCUGUUGUUGGCAGUGGAUCCUCGAGUUCGGUCGUGGGCAGCGGAUCCUCUUCUAAAGCUGGAGGCAGCAUCUGCGGCCAGGGCUAUACAACUGAUGGCAAUCCUUGCAAACCGGGUGGAUCAACAUCUCAGCAAAGUUCUGGAAGUAUCCAGGGUGGAUCAUCAUCCCAGCAAACUUAUGGAAGUUCCCAGGGUGGAUCAUCAUCUCAACAAUCUUACGGAAGUAGCCAGGGUGGAUCAUCAUCCCAACAAACCUAUGGGAGUAGCCAGGCGGGUUCAUCAUCCCAGCAAACUGGAAGCAAACAGGGUGGUUCAUAUUCUCAAGGAAGCAACAAUAAUCCUUGUGGACUGGAUGGUUAUACCGGUAAAAUAACCAGCAGUAGCAACUGUCCACAGAGCGGACAAAGUGGAUCUUUUGGCAGUGGUGGCAGCGGUGGUAGCAGCCAAUAUGGACAGAGUGGAUCAUACGGUGGUGGCAGCAACCAAUUUGGACAGAGUGGAUCAUACGGUGGUGGCAGCAACCAAUUUGGACAGAGUGGCUCAUAUGGCAGCGGCAACAAAUUUGGACAGAGUGGAUCAUACGGUGGUGGCAGCAACCAAUUUGGACAGAGUGGCUCAUAUGGCAGUGGCAACAAAUUUGGACAGAGUGGCUCAUAUGGCAGCAGCAACAGCCAAUACGGACAGAGUGGAUCAUACGGUGGAAGCAGCCAAUAUGGGCAGGGCGGCUCAUACGGUGGUGGCAGCAACCAGUAUGGGCAGAGUGGAUCAUAUGGCGGCGGCAGCGGCAGCCAGUAUGGGCAAGGUGGAUCGUACGGCAGUGGCAGCCAAUAUGGAAAGAACAACUCUUCCUCAGGAGGCAGUCAGCCUGGUGGAAAGAACUCGACUUCUUCAGGAGGCAGUCAGUCUGUUGGACAGGGGUCCUCAGGAGGAAGCCAAUCUGGACAGGGUUCAGCAUCCCCUUCAGGAAGCCAGCAGGGUAGUCCGAGCUCAUCAUACUCUGGAGGCAGGCAGCCUGGUGGACAGCCUGGGUGUUAUUGUCCAGGUGGAAUGACUGGUUCUCAGUCAGGAAGUAGCCAGUAUGGUGGCAGCCAAGGCGGCCAAUAUGGCGGUUGGCAAGGAAACCAAUAUGGCGGCAAAAAUCAAUAUGGUGGUGGACGAUACGGACAAGGUUACCCCUAUGGAAGUAGCCAGUAUGGUGGUGGACGACUAGGCAGCCAAUAUGGUGGAUAUGGUUCACCAUAUGGAAGUAGGCCAUAUGGUUCCAGCAAGGGUUUUCAAAGCCACCAGUCUCCUAACUCAGACGCUUCUGGGAAACAACCCAUCUUCAGCCUGAUGCUUUUCAGUGUUCUGGCACCACUACUAUCUCUUAUUCAGUGGGUGAUAUAAACUUCUGAAGCCAUACCAACGAGGAAGAUUGACUUCUUCAACAGAAUACUACUUUCUAUACAAAACGACUGAGUCGAAUUUAUGGACUGAUAAAACAUUUAUUCCUCCCCAUCCCCACCCCUGGGUUAACAAUGCAAUAGGUCAUGA